GGGCAUUUAAGAAGUUGGUGAUGCAGUGGGAUUUUUUUGUAAUCAUAUCCUUCCUAUCAAUGCCUGUUGUAAUGACCAAGAAUUUCACUUGCCCAGCGAGCAUGAAUACAAAAGAAAUUGUGGAAUCCUGUCCAACAACUAAAGAGCAAUGGAGAAGUGCAGCGGAAAGAAAAAAUUGCACAAAUCUGAAAGAAAAAUGCCUAGACAAUAAGGAACUUCUGUACCAUUGCAUUAUGAACACAGAACAAACUCACCCUGUUGAAGUGUGUUACCCUGAAUUUGUGGUAGCAGGUGGAUACUGCCUAGAAUACAAUGACGGCGGAAUGCGGGUAAUGCUUACUUUAAACAUCAGCUGUCGAAAUCAUACAAAGAAGUGCCCUAAUGUUUACUUGUCUUCCCGUGCGUUUGAAUAUCAGGAGUGUUAUAAAUUUUCACCGCCAGUAUCAGAAAAUGCAAACGUAUUCUCCUAUAUUUGGAUCGGAUGGAUAUUUAUAGUUACAGCAGCAAUUACAGGAAUAGUAAUCAUAGGAGUGAUAUGUUAUCGUAAGAAAUUAAAAGAACGGAAAAAAAGAUCAAAGGAAUAUUUUCCAGAAAUUGAAGAGAUCAGCAAGAGUAAAAACAUCAAUAAGACAAAAAGUAAGGUCGAAAAUUUUCCUCUGAUUUGAUAUUUUAAUAUUAAUUUCCAGAUAAAAUUAUUGACAUUAGACAAAAUCAACAAAGUCGGAAAAUAGAAAAACAAGUGGUGUAUUAAGAAUAAAAAUGACUUUGUAAAAAAAAAACAUGAACUCAUGCACAUGUACGAGCGCUUUGCUCUGAUUAACUGAAAGAAAAGUCUCACUGUUUUUUUUUUUUUUUUUUUUUGCUUUUUUGGCAAAAUACUGUGCAAUAUAAUACAUAGUCAUACAUAAUGAGGUUUUAGGGCAUGAUUAAUAUAAAAGUUAUCACGAGAAUACGUACAAGCCCGUGUUUUGCAAUCUGAGUGGCUUAAUCACUAACUGCCAUAACUUCUUGGUUUUCAACCAGACAGAAUGUUUAAAAUAUAUAUAGGUAAAAAGAAAAUUUUACAUUUUGGAUCUAAAAAACAUAAAAGGACAUGCAUACACACACACACACGCACAAUGCAUAAAAUAAUCAAAAUAGUUGAUAUAGCCGUAAUGUUUUAAGUUAUUGAUAAAAUGUUUAAAACAAGGGAAAAUUGUGCAUUAAAUGUGUAGACAGAAUGUCAUUGUUAUCAUGCAUGAAGAUGCACAUGCGUGAACGUACGAUGUUGAAAUGAAUAAAAUAUAUUUGUACAACUGUCACUGUUAAAUUACUUCUGAAAUGCUUUGAUACAUAGAAUAUAGAAAUAUAUAUAUAUGAAUAUAGAGGACAACAUGUUUACGAAUUGAUACAUGUACUAGUAUUUAUUAUAGCCGUAACUUAUAUAUUUUUUGAUGAAAUGUUUUGAUACUUAGAAUUUGAGGCUUUUUUAUAUAUAGACAUCAAUUAUAUUCAACGAUGGUAAAAAAAAUUUGAAAGCCUUAUUUAAUGAAGUUUAAAGGAUAUGACACAAAUUGAAGUUCUGAAGCGUUUGGGGAAUAUCUGUAACAGUCUCCGUUCAAUUAUGACUAAUGAAAUAUAUCAAAGAAUGUACAAAAAUAAUUAAAUUUGAAGAAAUUGCAUUUAAGACGAUUUUGUUAGUAAAACAUUGGAAUUUUUAGCAAUACAUUCACUUACAAGAUGUUUAGUCUAUGUAUCAGAAUGUAUACUUUUGCCAAUAACAAAAGCAUUUGACAAAAAAUUUAAGCAUUUAUAUGUCGUUUUAAGUUUUUUUGUAUUUUUUUCAUCUAUGAGUCCUUGUUAAGUUUUACUUUUUUGCUCAAAUUUUUCACAGUUUCUUGUCUAAUCGUUUUGUUUUUUUUUUGUUAUGUAUACAUUUUGUAUUUAUUCAUAUGAAAGUGAGUU